AGUAAACCCAUUUGCGCAAACAUCAUGGCUCGUACCAAGCAGACCGCCCGUAAGUCAACCGGAGGAAAGGCACCGAGGAAGCAGUUGGCGACCAAAGCCGCCCGUAAGAGCGCACCGGCCACCGGUGGGGUGAAGAAACCACAUCGUUACCGCCCGGGAACAGUCGCCCUCCGUGAGAUCCGUCGUUACCAGAAGAGCACGGAACUGUUGAUCCGCAAACUACCUUUCCAACGUUUGGUCCGUGAAAUCGCACAGGACUUCAAGACCGACUUGCGUUUCCAGAGCUCUGCCGUUAUGGCUUUGCAAGAGGCUAGCGAAGCGUAUUUGGUCGGUCUUUUCGAGGACACCAACCUGUGUGCCAUCCACGCCAAACGAGUCACUAUUAUGCCGAAAGACAUUCAGUUGGCUCGUCGUAUCCGUGGAGAACGUGCUUAAUCGAAUUUACAUAUUUUUCAUUCCCCAUUAAAAAGGCCCUUUUCAGG